AUGGCGGCAAGCGGGGACCGCCCGCAGCCACCACCAGUGGUGUUGCUGGCAGGCAGUGGGGGUGUGCGAGGAGGCGGCCGCGCCCGCCCCGCCCGCGGCCCAGCCGUUUUCCUUGAUGCAAUAGAUGAACAGUCAGUAGAUGCCUACAUACUCCAAAAAACAUUUCUCUUGAGAAAUAAGUGCUGUCGCUGGAAGAUCCUCAUAGAGGCCCUAGCAAGAAGCACACCAGACCGAGAGAAAAGCAACUUCACCAAUGAAUGUCCAGUCCAGCACAACAAGAAGCCUGAGGGGCAGUCCACAAUAUCGUAUGAUUACUCUGAAGAAGAGCUCAUGGCGAGUAUCGAGCAGGAAUACUGCCGCUGAAACCCAGUGCUGUGAACAAAUUUCUAGGGCAUGUAUGGAGCAAGAGCACUGUUGAAGGGGAAAAGGCAAGUGUUAUAUGAGGGAGAAUAUUACCUCUCAGGGUGCUGGCAGUGUGGUAUGACUUUGAAGCCAGUGAAUAAGUUAUCUCUGGCACGCACUGGGCAAGAUAGCCAUUCAUGAAGAAACUUCACUGACUGCUGAACAAAAGCAAUGCAGUGGGAAAAACCAAGGUCUCAUUAUUUUCAUUUUCCAAACUAAUACUAGUUAGAAAAGGCUUUUAAGUAUGUGUGUGUGAAGACUUGCUGCAUUUUAAAGAAUGAGAUGUCCCUUUCUGAGAGACUAAUUUUCCAAGAGAUUCAGCAAAUCAUUUGGUUGCAUCUGGUAAGACAUUGUAGAACCUUUACCUACACCAUCAUUGAAGAGUUGUGGGAUAAAUUCACUCCUAACGCAUGCAAUUUGCAGUAAUUGCAAUUGGUCUAAAUUUAACCCAACAUUUUUUCAGUGUUCUUCAACACACACCCUCUCCUUCUUCCCCUCUGCCUCUUCUCCCCCUGACCACACACACACAAGGAAGAAAUAAAUCAUCCAAAAUGUAAAGAUUCAAAUUGCAUUGUUUAAGCGGGUGAGGCACUGACAUCAAAUAAUAGGUGUGGGACUUGUUCUAAUUGUGGACAUCUCCCUGGCUCCUUCUGCUAGCUCCAUUCUUCUGAAUGGGUACAGGUCUGAAAUAGUCAUGAAUCCUGUUUCUUGAAAGGGAAAGAUUCUUGUCUACCUUCUUACCUACUGCUCAUGGAAACAGAACCUACGUGGAAAGCAGAAAAUUGUGACAUGCCUGAAUUCAGUACUUCAUCUUUGCUGCUGUUGGGACAGCCACUUUGAGAAGGGAUUUAAUGUUAUGUAGGACCUUAGUUCACAAAUCAUUGCUUCUUCAUUGGAAUUCAUUGCUUCUGGUUUAUAUGUGAUUUUGUCACUAUGCUUAAUCUACAAGGAAAAACACAUUUCCCACUAAAGACUGAAACGUAAAACAAAAAACCUAAAUAGCCAAAGAUUUCACAGGCUUUCAAUGCUUAUAGACAAUGAAUCCUUAUAUUUUUAAGGUUUGUGCCUGCAUUUUUGCUGGACUGUAAUAUGAUACAAAUGUUUAAUGUCAGAAGUAGAAAAAUACCUUAUUUCUUUCCUCUGAUGAGAUUUCAUCUGGCAUAUUUUAUAUAUCAAGGAGAAUAAGGCAAACCAAUGACAUCAAUGCUAAUGGAAACAGUGGGAUACACCUUAGGAUGUUAAAGUUUGACCUUGCCUUUGUGCUUGCAUAUAAUAUUCGUGAAAUAGAAACAAAUACAUCCAUGUUUCACAUACCCAUUAAUAAAGGAAAAAAUGUUGAUCUGA